CACCAUGCGGUGCGCGAGUCCAGUAGCAAUGGUGGCCUUUUGCACCGGGCUUUGGGUCUCAAACUCGGUGCCGGCGCAAGGCCAGGAGAUACGGGAGUGGCCUGGGGCUGACUGUGAAGUCUGUGAAGAAUUCUUGAACCGCUUUUACAACUCCUUGAUAGCCAAAGGAGUUCACUUUUCACUGGACAUCAUAGAGAAAGAAUUGAUCAGCUUUUGCUUGGAUGCCAAAGGAAAAGAAAACCGCCUGACAGCGGAUGAUUCUCCAGAAGAACCUAGAUGCCCUGAGUUGGAGCAGAAGAUGACAUCAGACAGCCCAUUCGAGGAACCUGACCUUAAGGACUCUUAUCUCAUCCCAAGGAACAUCAUGGCCGAGCCAGACUACAUAGAAGAUGAUAACCCUGAACUCAUUAGGCCCCAGAAACUCAUCAAUCCUGUCAAAACAUCCCGGAACCAUCAAGACCUUCACAGAGAACUUCUUAUGAAUCAGAAACGGGGUCUUGCCCCUCAGAAUAAACCAGAGCUGCAGAAAGUGAUGGAGAAGAGGAAACGAGACCAAGUAAUAAAGCAGAAGGAAGAAGAAGCACAAAAGAAGAAAUCCGACUUGGAGAUCGAACUAUUAAAACGGCAGCAGAAAUUGGAGCAGCUUGAACUCGAGAAGCAGAAACUGCAAGAAGAGCAAGAAAACGCCCCAGAGUUUGUGAAGGUAAAAGGCAAUCUCAGGAGAACAGGCCAAGAAGUCGCCCAAGCCCAGGAGACAUAGGCUGCCCUGAGCCUAUGCGUAUCUCACCGUCCCUAAGCCCACCGCCACACAGAAGCCGUGUCUGUACGUGCCUCCUCAGCGCUUUAUCUCAGGGCAGAAGCCCCUGCAGAGUUCCAGCCAGCAGAACAGUCUCACUGUCAGAAGGAUUUGGUUUUGGUUUUCCUCCCUUUCCAGUCCAGGCGGGUCACUUGCCUGUGACAGUUACAAUUCCUAGUCGCCAAAUGAAGGAUGUUGACCAGCACAUUAGUUGGGCUAAUGGACCUGUGUUCAGAGACUUUUAAAAAAUUUUUAAAAAAGGAAGCGGACACUGGAAUAUGUUUUUGAGAGUUGCACUUCUUGGUUUUUCUUCCAAGUUUAGUGGGGGGCACAGAGCCUUCCCCUCCUCCCUUUUAAAAGCUACAAGCAUUGUGUUCAAUUCUUUUCUGUCAUCCAGUUGAAAACUUAGAUGGUGUUAGAAAAUAUGUUCAAUCUGUUACAUUCAGUAUCUG